AUGGGUAUGCGUAUGAGUAGUACCCGUUUCGAUUCUUCAGACGUCGCCUCCGCUGAACGUCUUAGUCCUCACUCUCACCAUCACCACCGAUCUAGUUCUCCUACUACCGGUCCUCGCGCCAGAAGUCUUUCCCAUAACCAUCAGCACACGGCUGCAACAGGGUCAGCAUCAACAUUAGAUGAACCAGGUUCCAGCUCGGGUCACCGUACACGUCGUGGUCAUGGUCACACUGGACACAAUGUACCUCCAAUGGUGAUGCUCGAUCGUCUCAUCGCUGACAUUGAAGCCAAUGGGGGUGUCAUCUCUCCCGAUGAUCCAAGGAUCAUUCGGCUUCUGCAGGUGUAUCGUACCUCUGCUGCAGAGAGCGGAGAGGCGAGUGGUCGUGCGCGUCCCGUAUCAGUACUGGAUGCGGAUAGUUUGUUCGCGGGCACGGAGGGCGCAUCGAUGGGCAGGGGUCACCGCAGUAGAAGAAGCGGCGGUCGUCACCACUCCCCUACCGCCGUUGCCACCGCCGCUGAUGAUGGAGCCCUUGAGGAACGUCUCUCAGCUGUCCGACGGCAAGUGCUUCUUUCACUUACCGCCGCUUCUUCCUCCUCCCCCCAUCGACGACGCCAGUGGCCAGAAAGCCUUCUCCUGCUUAGUGGUCGUGACCGACCCUGUAUUUUCUGCAAGCGCAUGAUCCCGCACGACGACUACGACCUUCACUAUGUCAUGUGUCUCACCCGCCCUCGUGUAACCUACAAUGAUGCAUCGAUAAUUGGUUCCAAAGAAAGCAGACAUGUCCUGAGCACCCUGGAGACUAGUAGUGGUGGUGGUUCCCUACAAACCGUCAAUAUUCCGCAUUCGCAGGCGCCCACACUCACGACAUCGGCAGUAUAUGUUUUGUCAUCCAAAUCUGGUUCAUCACGACCUCAGGGAGGCGCUGAAUGCUGCACUGAUAGCGGUGGCCAAUCUACGACUAUCGAUGGGCAUACGAGGUACUCCGAUUGUGGGGCAUGGUCUGGUCUUGGGCGUUAUGAAACCGGUGCAUUUUCCCGUCCCCCAUGCAGUUCACAAAUGAGAGGAAACAUAGAGUGCAGCGGAAGUAAAGAGGUCCAAGAACAGAGUCCACUUUGCGUGGACUGGUUGGCUAGUGAGACAGAAAUGAAUCUUUCGUGCAUCAUCCCGUGUAACAAGAGCAAAGUUGCACAACCUCUCACAUCAUUUAAGCCACGCACCAGACGUAACGCCGUCUCCGGGAUCAUUGUACUACUCCGCUUUGCUAUUUGCAACGCCGCCUUUCAGUACGGCGAUUGCAGCAUACUACGCCUUGCACACGCAUAUGGUUUUGUAAUGGCUUCUCGAUUGUUUCGUCGUGUGUGGAACAAGGAAUUCAGGGACUAUUUGUGCAGCACGCACUUCUGGGGUCCUGUUGCCAACUGGGGUUUGCCUUUGGCUGCACUGGGUGAUCUCAAGAAAAAUCCGGAGCUGAUUAGCGGCAACAUGACUUUUGCUUUACUUUGCUACUCGGCCUUAUUUAUGCGCUUCGCAAUCCUUGUGCGACCACGCAACCUUCUUUUAUUUGCUUGUCAUUUCACAAACGAAACUGCUCAGGGCAUUCAAGGCCUAAGAUUUAUCGACUACUGGCAUGUGAAGUCGGAAGAGCAGCGUGAGGCCAUUCGAAAGAGCUUCCUUGUGCCUACGCCCGAGCUCGCAUCGGAGAAAGCAUCUUAA